AUGCCGCUGUCCUUCCCCUACAUCCUCUGGUCCCUUUUCCGUGCCAAAGUGUGGAAGCCAGCGCGAGAGCCGGCCCUCUGGACGGGAUCCAGGACGUUCACUCCCUUGCACAACACCGUCCGCCAUCUCGUCGUGUGCGAGCGGGAGACGACGGCCUUUCGCGAUGCCUGCCGCGAGAACAGGACGACCGUCACGGCUGGACUGCAGGUGUUGCUCGCCGGAGCCCUGUUCAGGCACAUCCCGGAGCAGUACACCCGGCUGGCCAGCGAGGGAGCCAUCUCUGCCCGGCGCUGGCUGACGGACGGCCGCAUCACAGAGGACUCGAUCGGCGUCUGGGUUGGCGUCUACUACGAACACUACAGCAGGGCCAGCCUGGUCAACGACGACGACGACGACGACGACGCAUUCGCAUUCCCCUGGGACGAGGCCAGACGGGCAAAGCAGACGAUCGACACAGCGCUCAGCCGCCGGGGCAGCAACAGUCCCGUCGGCCUGCUCAAGUAUGUCAGGGACUAUGUCGGGGAGAUCUUCCUGCCCAAGCUCGGCCAGGAGCGAGAGCUGAGCUUCGAAGUGUCCAACAUCGGCGUCUUCACAGCAGGUCAAGCAGACGAAGAACCCCGGAUCGAGAGGAUGGUCUUUACGCAGAGCGCCAAUGUCUUUGGAUGCGCCAUCUCGACCUCCGUCGUCACCGGCGCCGACGGCUGUCUCGUCCUGGGCUUCUCCUGGCAGCGGGGGGUCGUCGAGGACAGGCUGAUGGACGCCUUUCUAGCCUCAGUCAAGCAGGCCUUUGGCUCUUUCAACACCAGAAGAUAG